AUGUCCUCAAAUGAUACUGUACUAGAAAUAACAGAAAUGGACAAUAUCUAUGCCUCAAUAAUUAUCUUCCUGGUAUCCGGUUCCCUGCCGAUUUCAGUUGGGAUAUUAACUACUUUCAGAUUUCUUUCUCCGGUUGUAUUUUCAAUGUGUUAGCCGCUGUUGUUGUUCUCAGAAAUCCGAUUCUGAAGAAUGCGUUCGGAACUCUGUGUUUCAGUCACACUAUAGCCAACUUCGGAGUACUGUUUGUGUUCGUCUCAUGGGUCACCCCAACAACUAUCACGUAAGGGCUCUUAACAGGUACAAUUGAUAGACUCUCGUUUCAGGCAGUACAAGUACACUGAGCUCACAUUCGGAAAGAUUUUAGGACAGAUAAACAUUCUUUUCUGGAAUGCCUGUUGCUAUUCCCAUUUGGCCAUAUCUCUUAACCGUUUCCUCACGAUUUCCAUGCCCACAAAAGUAAUCAAACGCCUAAAAUAUCUCAGUCGUCAGUUGUAUUCAGGUUGCCCAACUGUUCAACUUCCGAAACACGUGUUUUCUGAUCGGUUUCGUGUGGAGCAUGGCGAUUGGCCACGUGAUACCGUACUUCUGGAGAGACUCUUGCUACGUGGCAUACGAUCCCGUCAGUUGGACGUGGGUUUUCGCAGACACGCCGUGCGGAUAUGUGAUCACGACAUUUACGGAUUACUAUACAAGCGUUGCCAUCUUUGUAGUUAUGAGCAGUCUGGACUUUGCAACUUUUGUGAGCUUUCAUUUCGCAUCACUAUUGCUAUCAUCUGGAUUUCAGACGAUGCUAGUACUGUACCGCCGCAAAUCCAACAUGACUUCAAGCGAAGAAAUGAAAAGACGACGUCGCGUCGAAAUCAGAUUCUUCGCUCAGUCUUGCCUUCAGGGAUUGCUCUUCUUCUACGAAGUAUUCAAUUUCUACUACGUCGUCACUUUGAAUACCAAUCAGUGGUACGUCUUCAUGACUUCCACGUUUGCCUGGGAACUCUGCCAUUGUCUCGAUGGGUAUGAUCACUUUUUCAACAGCUCUCGAUCUAUUUAUUGCUUCAGAUUGGUCGUGGUUAUGUUUCAUUUCAAACGAAGUUUUCUUCGAAAAUCCUCACAAACUACUGUCUUUUCAAGAGCGAGCGAGAUUCGGAGCACGAAAAAAGUAUAA